CGUUUCGCUGCCAACCUAUCCCCCACCGGGCUAAAAUCCCCAGUUCGUGUUUUCAACCGCAGUGGUUUUGCUGAUUAUUUGUCAAAAAAAUCCGUUCUCAUCCCACAGCUGGCACAAGACACUCCAGAAUGACUCAAAACAGAAAACGGGGUCGCAACCUCCACGAAGACGAAGUCGAGUUCAUGCCACUGUCGAAACGCAUCAACAACCUGCACAUCAACAACGGGCUCUUUCUGGACAACUCUAACCCUCUGGGGGCGUCCGAGUGGGGCCCCGGGCCCCCGAGCUUCGUCCACCAGCUGCCCGAGUCACCCCCGGGCUCGGUGCAGAGCCUCGACUGGAACAGCUCGCCGCAGUAUUCGCCAGAUUUGAACGAAAACCAGAAUCCACACUAUUUCAAUAUUAAUAAACUGUUGUUUGAGAUGUAUGUUGAGCGGCUGCAGCGUGGAUGCCAUCAAGUGUGAUUACAAGACUGGAUUUUCUAUACUUUUAUUUUUAAGAAAUCGCUCUUUAUGGACCACUUUAUUUUUUAAAUGGACGGAGUGGGCUGUGGCUUGGAAAUCAAGUUGGCAACAGUGGACAAUGUCAUGACUUCACGAAUGACUGUAUUUAAUGGUCAAUGUAACCAACUUCAUUUUCAAGUCACAGUGUGCAGUUGCCACUUUUUGUGAAAUAUGUAAUUUUAGAUGCCAUUAAGCCCGGCGUUCACCUCAUUUAUUGAAUAAACGUGAACAGAGGCCUGAUUUGUUAAUUUAUUUUAUAGGAUAGUUAGUCGAGAAACAUCCACGUGGUUAUUCACUAGUUAUAAGUUGUAAGAGUAUUAUUUUAUCAUGUGCUGCAUUUAGUCUUUGUUUCAAGUGUGAUCUUUCCAGUUUUCGUUUUGCAAAACUUUACACUGAUAUUAAAGUAAGGCAAGUUUUGUUCAAAUAAAUAUUGAGAGCAUUGCUGAAGACAAUCCACGCAAUUUUUUAUGUAAUGCUAGUUGAGAUAACACAUCAAGAUCGUUCAAUUUUACUUCUUUUUAAGUUAUAUGUUGUACAAAAAAGUACUGCUUUUUUAUCACUUUUAAUUUGUGUUUAAUUAAUUAAUUAUGUUUCCCGAAUUUGUGUUGGUAAUCUGCAUGCUGAAUUCCCGAAUUGUGAAAAACUGUAAUUUAUCAAUAAAUGUUUAGUUAUUUCA